AUGAUGGAUGAUAAAUCAAGUAAUUCAGAUAUGAGUGUCGGUGCAAUUGAAGAAGAACAAGAAACCAUUUCUGCAUCAAUUCGUCUUCUUGAUUUUCUUGAAGAUUCACGUGAAACAGCACUUGAUAUAUUUAAUAAUGCAAUUAAAGUUAUUGAAAAUCAUCAAUUACAAAUCCAGAAUUUGUCAAGUAUUGGUGCUGAUAAUGCAAAUAUCAAUUUGGAUGAAUAUCAUUCAGUAUUCAAAUUGUUCAAAGAUCGUUUCCCUAAUAUUUUUAAAGGAAAUUGCUAUUCUCAUAUAUUUCAUGUUAGUGUGAAACAUGCACAUGAUGAAUUAUCAAUUGAUAUUGAACUUACUUUGUGUAAAUUCUAUUCAUACUUUUCCAAGUCAGCUAAACGUGUUGAACAAUUAAAAGCAUACUAUGAUUUUGUAAAUUUAGAAUAUAAAGUAGAUAUUGAAGAUGCUUUAUGUGUCUCCUCAUUCUGGAAUUCAUUUGGUCUUAUUGAAAUUCGACCACAAACUAAUAACUGCGUAGAAGAAUAUCAUGAUUAA